UGUGUACACCAUGAUUGAUGACGUCACUGUAAAUCCGUCUCAACUGAAGCAGCUAACGCCAAGCAACUUUAGCAACAACGCGGACGGCUCGAUGCUAUUUCUCCUGGAAUAAGUGGUAAACCUGACCCGUAAAGCUGUGACUGCUGCCAACGCACCCCGGCCCAUCUGAGAGCCUAAAUCUCCAGCCAGUAUGUCCAGUGACCCUCCCCCUCCGUACCCCGGAGGUCCCAGUGCCCCUCUCAUCGAGGAAAAGAAUGGACAACCUGAAACAGUACGAACUUCUCAGCCACAAGGUCAACCCAUGCUUCCAGAUUAUGGUCCUCCCCCUUAUGAAGGUCCACAACCCGGCUUCCUACCUCCACAUGUCCCAGGAGAAGGACCCAUGCCUAUGCCCAUGCCGAUGCAAGGUAUGGCCUACCCACCACCACCAGGUCACUUUGCCCAUCCAAUGCCUCCACCACUACAAGGCGGCCCAUACCCGCCUCCACCGGGUCACUUCGCUCAGCCAGUACCAGGACAGAUGGGCCCAGGUCCCAGCCACUUUGUCCACAUGGGAGGACACACAGCGACCGUCCUGGCUCCUCCAGGUGCAGCCACCACUGUAACAGUACUGCAGGGCGAAAUGUUUCAGACCUCACCAGUGCAGACCGUGUGUCCGCACUGUCAGCAGGCGAUCGUCACCCGCAUCUCUCAUGAUGUCGGGCUCAUGAACACCCUCUUCUGCCUCUUCUGUUUCUUUGUAGGGUGUGAUCUUGGCUGCUGCUUGAUUCCCUGUCUGAUUGAUGACCUCAAGGAUGUUACACACACCUGCCCUAACUGUAAGGGCUACAUCUACACAUACAAGCGCAUCUGCUAACCACGGACAGCUACUUGCCACAGAACCAUGUACAUGCACACAUCAACACGAACUCUCAGCUCCCCCUGCUGGUAGUGACAGGAAACCCCAGCUCCAUCCCAUUUUGUGUAGCCCUAUGAUAUCGUAAGUGAAGUUUUCUCAUAAGUUUGCAGGAUAUUUACUGUGUGUAUCUUUCGCAACCUCCUGAAAUGUAUAAACAAGGAUUUGAAAUGUUCGAAACCUAUGGUCUGCUGAAGAUAAAGUGCGAUAUAUAAAGAAUGAGGAAAUGAAAGGGCUGCAGUAGUGCAGGGACAGCUGUGAGCCUACAGACGUUCUCAUCUUAUGCAUGUCAAGAAGUAAAAGAAAAAACGCUAGCCUCAGUUAGAUAAUGCUGUGAAAAUGCUAACUUUAUUUGAAGUAAUUUGUGAAUGUUACUCAAACUGUGAGAUUUUUUUUUUCUUCCUGAUCAUCCUAGAAAUGUAUCAGUCUGUUAUAACACUUAUGUUUAGUGAACCUUCUGUGCAUUUUCUUUUCCUCACAGAUCUCUCUUCUUUUCUUCUUUUGGUUUUAUGGGAUCCAAUUAAAGAUUAAAAGUGAUGCAUUUAUUACAUGCUGUAUUUAUUUUUGUCCAGUCACUAUGUCCAGUGACUUGCUGCUUUGCUGUUACUAACUUUGUCCAUGUUUAGUUUGUAAUAAACAAUUGCACUUUAAUUUUCACAUCCACUGCUAGCCCCUUUUGUUUUUCAGAAUAUUAUAAGUAGAAGCAUCUUUAUUUGGUCUUUAGCUCAGUGAAAUGAAUGAACAUGCACUUACUGAAAACAUGUUGAAAAUAUGAGGUAUGUUUUUUUUUUCACUGAUAGGGGGAAAACAUGCAUGGCAUGUUAGUAAUGGCAUUUACUUUGGCAGACUGAUGCACUAAAUAUAGAUGCAAAAAUCAACCUUGGUUCAAGUUCAUUAAGUCUAUUUGCAUUGCUCUGAUGCAUGUUAGAUUGCAAAUACUUUAAGCUUCAAUUAAGAGAAAAUUAAAAUGACUGCAAAUCAACUUAAGUUCCACAGAAUUAUCUUCUGCCAAUAAAUGAUUAGUGCACAAUCACUGCAUGUCCAAUCCUUUGUUCACUAAUGCCUAUGAAGAGUUGGCUCCCUAGAUCAAUGUGCAUCCUACUUAUUUUGUUUUUCUUGAGACUGACAAAUCAGUGCAAAUCAAAGGAUUGCAAUGAAAUGUUCUUAUUGUGAAAUCUGCAUUGCUAUGUCCGUGAUAAUGUAUGACAAUGUAAGGCAGUUUACAAGACUGUUGUACACAGGUAAUAUUUUAUCAAUAAAAGUCAUGAAGAAAGCAUC